CAGUCAGUCGUGCUCUGACGCCCGUUCCGAGUGGUCGGAGUUCAGUGAGAGAGUUGAGCGAGCAAGGGACGUGUGGAGAGACGACGUUCUCUUUACUCUGUUCUCUCGUUCGAGAAAUAAUAUACGAACUACCCUCUUCGAAUAUUCUUCGAUUAUCGUUUGACCAGUCGCUUGGAUUACGAGUGCAAAACGCCAACCUGGCCAGACGUUUUAGUGAACACUCGCUAGAAAGAUCGUUACUUUGGAUUAACAGUGCAGUGUGUAGCAGAACGGCAAAUUGUGUCAAACGAUUUGUCGUAUUUCUCGUUUGAUUUCUGUUCUGUGAUAUAAGAACUGUUUCGGGACGAUGGUGACCGGAGUGGGUGCCACGAUGCCAACAGGCGGUGUCACUGUCGGUGCUACGCCGCCGGCGCAACACGUGCCCCAGGAAGCUGGACAACCUCCUGCGCAAACCACUACCACGACUACCACUACGAGAAGAUCUGGAGAGAAUCGACGGAGCAAUAAACCGAUUAUGGAAAAACGGCGACGAGCCCGCAUUAACAACUGUCUAAACGACCUGAAGACCCUCAUACUGGACGCCAUGAAAAAAGACCCAUCGCGACAUUCGAAACUGGAGAAGGCCGACAUUCUAGAGAUGACAGUGAAACACCUGGAAUCGCUCCAGCGUCAACAGGUUGCCCUGGCGGCCGCGACCGAUCCGAAUGUACUAAACAAAUUCCGUGCUGGUUUCACGGAAUGUGCCGGUGAGGUUGGCAGGUUUCCCGGGCUGGACGCCUCGGUGAAGAGACGUUUGAUGGCCCACUUGGCCACUUACCUUGGUCCGGUCGAGGCAAGCAACAACACGCAGGCGACGAAUCAGCAGCCUGUCCAACCGGCGCCACCGACUACGCAGCUCCAAGUGCACAUUCUGCCUCAAGUUGACGCAACUCCGAGGAUUCAGGUGCAACAAUCGAACGGGAUCUUCUUCACGAACGCGAAUGGCACGGGUCUUCAAUUGGUCCCAACGAGAUUACCAAAUGGAGACAUCGCGUUGGUGCUCCCAGCGGGUGCAAAAGCGACUCCUGUUACGUCACCAGCCACAUCUCCGGCGCCAACCUCGCCUCUGCCAACUCUGAUCCCAAUUCCUCAGAGAACGGCUAGCACGGCAUCGGCAUCGUCCUCGUCAUCUUCUGCUAGCUCGACGUCUACGUCGGCGGCGAGUCCAGUGGCGUUCGAAGCACCUCCAGCGACUUUCCGCGAACAACCUGCAGCGUACACCAAUGCAAACAGUCACAGGGACGUCGCAACGUCGCCAGCCAACGGUUACACCAGCGAUCCAGAAUUCGAUCCUCGUGUAUACAGUCCUCCUCUUCAGAAACCUCUUGCAUUGGUGAUGAGGAAGAGCGUUGUGCCAGAAGUGGAAGAUAAACCGUGGAGGCCGUGGUAAAGAGUCGUCAAGAGUAAAUCUGAAUUUUCGUGUUGCUCAUUGGGGUCAAGAUAUCGAAGAAAAUUUGGACUAACUGUUGCAUAAUCGGUCGCGGGUGAAAAAGACGUUAUGUCUCGAGUGAUAUAUACGCUUCGGCGGAAGAGACGUGGAUUGAUUGGAGAACAGUCCCGCGGAACACGGAUCAUUGUUCCUUACGUAUCGUGUUUUCGAAGUCGUGUUUUUGUUAGGGUGAAAGGUGUCCUGCGAGCUAGGAUCUUGUCGCUGUCAAAUCGUGAGAAUUCGAUAUUUCCCGAGUGUGUGCAGUCGGCCAGUAGCCUAUGAGGCAGUGCCUUAUACAGUGCCUUGUAAAUAUUGUUUUAUUUUAUCAGUUAAACAUCGUAUUCGUCGAGAACCUGGAUUAAAAAAAUAACCCUUCGUAAACCUUCUUCUUUCAUCAUUUUUCGUUUCAUCGGUAUCGUCCCGUUCCCUGUUUCUUUCCUUCCUCUACGAUGUUUUCGCAUUCUAUUUUGAUUUCCUUUUUCCUUUUGUAUAUAUCAUUAGACGAAUAUCAUAUUUUAAGUGCCUUACGCAACAAGAAUCACUGAGGUCUUCCAUUCUGUUUCUUGUACGGAGAAAACGGCCAAGCGAGUGUUUUGUCGUGUACCGUGGUUGUAAUAAGUACGAGGAACGUAUGUAAAACUAAUUGCGAAAUCGCCUAGUUUGUAGAUUAGUUAAGCCUUGUGCGUGAAAGAAGAAAGAGAGCGGGAGAGCGUGAGAGGCUGAGCGUGAUCGUAUGAGUAUGAUCUGUCCUAAUUUAUAUUUAUAUCGAGUGCAGAGAAAAUUUAUAAAUUCCACUCUAUCGUGAGAAUAGAACAAAAGAUCGACGCUUAUCAACUACAAGAGCAUCAAAUAAAUAUUGAUCUCUUUGUCAAAACUCAA